AUGUGCAACUUCAUCCAACGAGAAUAUGACUGCGGCCACUUCCGCUGGAUCGCCUCCAAGUGGUGUCGCGCCUACACAAUAACCCACAAGCGGUGUCCGCCCGACGUCACACACUUUGAGUGUGUUGAUACCAUCUGCGGAGACUGCAAGGCCAAGCAGCGCCCUCCCGUACCGUGGGAGAACCUUAUCAUGCGCCACAAUAACCGCUGGGGGUUGUGA